AUGGCAGCAUCUAGAGAAGAUUUAACAAAUAUUGAGUUUGAUAAUGAUUGGAAAUGUUAUUGUCAACAAGCGAAUGAAGAAAUGAAUGAAGAAAAUAUGGUUGCAGCUAUACAUCAUGGCGAUAUAAAUCAUUGUUCGUCUUUAAUAGAUUUACCACAUAUUAUCAAUAUAAAUCAAUCAAGUCAAUUUAAAGAAACAAAUUCAUACAAAUGGUGGUAUUACAAACAAUUCGAUUGGACAUCGACCAAUAAACAAAUUCAUCUUAUGUUUGAAUCCUAUGAUAAUCUAAAUAACAGCUCUAUUUCAGCAGAUAUUGCUGGCACUAUAUGGUUAAAUAAUACAAAAAUAUUUUCUGGUUUAUUCACAUCAUUAACUAAUUCUAUUGACUUGUCUUCAAAAUUAUUAUAUAGUAAAAAUAUUGAUGAACAAACUCAAACAAAUAUUCUAGUCAUUUCUUGUUCAAAUUCUACUCUUUCUCGUCAUGCUCGUCUUAUUCUACAUGGUAAAAUAAUUUGUGCAACAGGACAAGUAAACGUCAGUGAAGAAUUUUCAAGCAGAAGUAAAACUCAAGAACAAAAUGAAAAUGAAAUUAUGGAUUAUACAAUUAGUCUUGAUGAUACUAAUGGACGUAUUGGUGUUUUAUUUAAAUCCAAACGGAAAUACAAAGCACCUUUAAAAUCAAUUUCAUCAUCACCACAAUUUGUUCCAUAUGAGCAGAAUGAAAGGCAAAUCAAUGAAAAUAAAGAAGAAUUAAAAGAUGAUCUUCUCAUACCUCGUUUAGCUAUUUUAAUACUAACUGUUGGUACGCGCGGUGAUGUCCAACCAUUUAUUGCUCUAGGUCAAGCACUUCGAGCAUAUGGUCAUCGUGUUCGAUUAGCCACACAUGAAACAUUUCGAUCAUUUGUUCGUGGUAAUGGUCUGGAAUUUUAUCCAUUAGGUGGUGAUCCAGUAGAUUUAAUCUCCUUUAUGGUGAAAAAUGCCGGUAUUAUUCCUUCAAUGGACAGUAUUAUGGCAGGAGAUGUUGGCAAAAAACGUCGAACUAUAUCUGAUAUUCUUGCUUCUACAUGGCAAGCAUGUAUAGCAAAUGAUGAUGAAACAGAUAUGCCAUUUACAGCUGAAGCAAUUAUUGCUAAUCCACCAUCAUUUGGUCAUAUUCAUUGUGCAGAAAAAUUACAAAUUCCUUUACAUAUCGUAUUCACUAUGCCUUGGACAUCUACAGCAGCAUUUCCACAUCCAUGUUCAAACAUUGAUAAUUCAACAGGAUCAAGAAAAGUAAUUAAUCGAUAUUCGUAUGAUGUUAUUGAAAUGCUGACAUGGACAGGUAUGCGAGAUAUAUUUAAUAAUUUUCGAAAGAAAACAUUGGGUCUUUCAACUUUAAAUACGAGUCAAGCAAUAAACUUAUUAAGUGAUGAACGAGUACCACAUACGUAUUGUUGGUCACCAUCACUUGUUCCUAAACCUGAUGAUUGGGGAGCACAUAUCAAUGUUUCUGGCUUUUUCUUUUUGGAUCUUGGUACCGUUUACACGAAUCCACCUCAAGAUUUACUCGAUUUUCUUCAGCUCAAUGAUAACAAUCAUAAUCAAUCGAAAUUAUCACCACCAAUUUAUAUCGGUUUUGGUUCUAUUGCAGGACAUGAUUCUCGUCGUAUUCUUACAAUUUUAAUCGAUGCACUUGUUCAAACUGGAUAUCGUGCUGUUUUAUCGGGUCUUGCUUCAGAUACAGAUCAUUUACCUCCGAAUAUAUUUAGAAUUGGAAAUGUACCACAUGAUUGGCUUUUUCAACAUGUUUCAGCUGUAUGUCAUCAUGGUGGCGCAGGUACAACUGCAGCUGGUCUACGUGCUGGUAAACCAACAAUUAUUGUGCCUUUUUUUGGAGAUCAAUUUUUUUGGGGUACUGUAAUUGCAAAGAAUGGUGCUGGCCCUCACCCAGUUCCAGGAAAGUCGAUUACAAAAGAUCAAUUAAUUCAAGCAUUUCAUUUUGUUCACAAACCGUCAACAUGUACCGCUGCUAAAUGUCUUCGUGAUUCUAUUCUUCAAGAAGAUGGAUGUGCAUCAGCAGUACGUGCAUUUCAUGCAAAUCUACCCUUAAAACGGAUGCAUAGUGAUUUGGAACCAACAUUUCCUGCAUGUUAUCGUUUGGAUAAAUAUCGCAUGCAGAUAUCACGACCAGUAGCACAAGUAUUAAUAUCAGCUGGCGUCGUAGAAGAAGCUCAACUUCGUUUACAUGUUACACGAGAAUGGCAAAUUAAACAUGAUAAUCAUGCUCAUAUAAUGAUGCACGGUUUAUGGGAACAUUCUCAUAAAGCUAUUUCUACAAUGUUUCUUGAUACUGCGUCAGACUUGAAACGAACAAACAGCACUGAUAGUAUAAACAAUAAAGCACUUGUAAAUGUUGGAACUGUUGCCAAAGGUAUUGGUUUAGGCAUAGGUCAUUUAACAAUUGGAACCUUCGCAAUGUAUGGUGAAUUGACCGAUGUACUUGAUCGUGUGCCUUAUUUAUAUGAUCCGUAUAGUUCAAAAGCUCGUCCACGGCCGAUUGUAAUUGAUUUUAAAUCAGGUGCAAAGGCAGCUGGUUUAACCUUAUGGUAUGGUUGGAAAGAGGGUUUUACAGGCAUGAUAACACAACCACGCGCUGGUUAUAAACGUCAUGGUAUACUUGGUGGUGCAGCAGGAUCAGUCAUAGGUGCAAUAAACAUGGGGAUAAAACCUAGCUCUAGUAUUCUUUCAUCACUUACCUGGCUCAGCCGAGGUAUUUAUGCUAGUGUAAGAAAUGUUGUAGAAACUUAUCAAAGAGAAGGAAGACGUCUACCAUCGGGAAUUUUUGAUGUUACUUCGUCGUUAUCAACUGCAAAUAAUGAAGAAAUACAGGAUGCAAAUGAUAAGAAAUUUUCUUCAACUGCGAAAACUGCCGCAAAUAUUUCAGGUUUUCAUCCGAAAACAUGUCAAAGUAUUAUUGAUGAAUUUGAAAAAAUCAAAGUAGAACAUGAACACCGUCGGAAUUCAUCAUGGACAAAAAAGUUACAACCAGUAUCAUUUCCUCGUAGUAUUAAAAAUAAACGAGCUUCAUCAGUGGAUAAACGUGUUGAUUUGUCAAGAAAAGACAAAGAUUGA